GUUGAAUUAUUUAUACUUAUACUUACACUUGCAAUAAAAUGUUAAAUCUCCAUGUUAAAAAUUAUUUUUAAAUUAAUGGUCAUUUAGCUAUGGCUAAACAUUUUAUACUGUUAUUUAUGAUUCGAGAAACACUACAGAUGUUUGCGGAAAGCAAAGAAAGAAGCAUAGUUAGCGGGCAAGUUCUGUCUACAUUAACUAUACCGAAAGAAUAUGGAAUAUACUUUGAAGUAUAUUUAAGUUCAUUUUCAAGCUCCUUUACAAACCUUAUCCAUUUAACAACAGGAGAUAAUGAAUGUUAUGGAUGCAGAAUUUCUACAAUAUUUUUAGGUAAUGAAAAUACAAUAGUCGUGGCACCAAUUAACGGUAAUGGUAACUAUUAUGCAACAACAAACCUAUUGACAAUAAAAAUUUGGAACAAAGUUAUUAUAAGACAAUACAUGAAAAAUGGAUUUUAUAUUAACGCUGCUAUAAUAAAUGGAAAAACAGUUUACUCAGUGCAAAAUAACGAUGUAAGAACUUUUGAAAACGUCAAAAUUUAUGUCAGUGAUAUCUGGUAUGCUCCACAACCAGGAUACAUAAGAAAUUUUAUUGUAACAAACCCUUGUCUUAUAAAUACCUGUGGAUUAUUAUUGGCAUUGUCUAGCAGCAGUCAAAACAAUGAAAUAAAUCUUUGCAUAAAUAUGACAACAGACUGUAUAUGCUCCAUCCGGAAUGUAACUUUAUAUCUGCAAUCAGAAUCAAUGUUAACCUUAAAAUCUUUUGUUUGGGAUGGUAUCAAGACAGAUAACUCAUUUGUGGAGAAAAAUAGUAAAUUAUCUGUUGUUCAUAUAAAUGAAAUUUUAGAAGACUCUUAUGUAGCUGCCAUAGCAGUUUACGGUGUAAAUAUCUCUACUGCAAAAGCAAAUGUGUCUAUUGCUGUGUAUUCAAGUUGGAUUUAUGGUGGCGAAGAUCCUGUCUUUAAAGUUAAUCAACAAACAAUCUCAACAACAAUUGAAAGACCAAUAUCACCAGUGAUUAAAAUGAGUUCAGCAUGGAACUAUAAGCAAUUAAACGGAACCAUAUUACAGACUAAGACACAUCAAUUUAUAUGUGGAACUGUGCAGAUUAGACAACCAUCUCCAUGUUACCAGCGUGAAGUAUCAUCAGGAAUAAUCAAGUUUCUUCCGAUUCAUUUGCUAGAUGUGUUUGCUUACGACUCUAACACAAUGCUUAUUUACGGGCACACCACACGAAAUAAUAUAGUUGAAGUAAACAUAUCUAAAAAUAUACCUAAUGUUAUAUCAAAGCAAAAAUGUUCCGAAUUGAAAGUGUGUGGUUUAUUUGUAGAUAAACAAUAAAUUAAAGUUUUUAGGAUUUUGUAAGCUCCUUGAAAUUAAAAUAUUUUUUUCAAAAAAAAUUUUUUUUUUUAAAUUUAAAUUUAUUUGGUAAAAUUUACAAUACCGAUUUUAUUUAACUAUAUUUAUUUGUGAAUGCACAGAAAUUGUGAGUUACGGGGUUAAAGAAGUGGGUGCAAAAAUCCUUAUUAUUGUAAUUAUGAAUUAAUCGAAUAUUGUUUGUUGCUCAUAGUUGCAGUAAAAAGGUUGUGAUUAGCAAUUUUUAAAAAAUUUUGUAGAUAAGUAAUUUUUUCAAAUUUUUACAUAAAACAGAUGUAUGAGAU